AUGUCAUGGAUGGACUCGUGGUCACGGCCGUCCAAACAUGCUGCAACCCCUCCUCCAAUGUAUCUACUGCCAGGUGGCGAAACUACACCAUAUUGUCACAGCUGUGGACGUGUGAUUGGAUCUCGCAAGGCACAGACUUCGAAGAGAAGCAAAGAAGGUGUAAAAUACUGUUCAGAACGCUGCCGUCACAGAAAGACAAACCAAAUCGAUCGCAAUAUUGAGAAUACGUUUGUCUCGUUGCUGAAUGGAGCAGAACCGGCAGCCCGCUUGCCUGAUGGCGCCUCAAGUGGACUGUCAUCGCGGAAGAAGGACACGAGCUUGGCGCUUUGGAAGAGAACAAAAGGAGAACCACGCAUCACGGUCCUUUGCAGCACAGUCGAGGAGCUCAUUUUCGGCUCCAGAAACGAUCCAGACAAAGUCUUUGGACGUAGGAAGAACCGCGCCAAACGAGGCGUGCCGGAUAUAGGCGAAUGGAAAAGUGUAGACAUGGAAGACAGCACGUCCUCAGUUUUUGAAGACUAUUCAAAGAGUCAACCAGAAGGUGAAAUGCACCAUCAUAACAUCCGUCCUGAGGAUCAAGCCAAAGAUCCAUUCACAUACGGCGCCGGCAAAACUCGGCCUGCACAGAGUGUGUCUGAUGUCAAUUUCAGCGUUGGUGGGGAGCGAGGUUGGGCUGAAAAGAUAGAAGAGACCGAGGAACUCAAGCAAAAGAGGCUAGAAGGGCAGAGGAAAGCUGAAGAGCGUGAGGCUGUCAGGUGUGCUGCAAGGCGACUAUGUGCUUUCGGCAUUGUGAUAUCUGAAGUGGAUGAGCCAAAGGACAAAGGAAACGGAGGGGCAACAAGAAAGCAGAAGGAAGCAGCUCUGGAAGAUCCUGCUCGUACCAUUUCUGAGCACGUUGAAACGAGGAGGAAAUGCGAAGCUGUCCUGAACGAAGGUACUAUUGUUGAGGCAAGCUUUGCCAAAGGAGAAUGGGGGAUCCGGUGGAGGGAAUGA